AUGGAUAGACCAGGAAGAGGACGCAGAGGCGACAAGAACGUUGGACCGGUGCCAACUCUCGGAUGGACUCUUUCAAUUGGGCUCUCAAAUUCUCAUCUUGUCCCUUCCUUUGCCUCCUUCAAGAAGACAACCCCACAACAAUUAGUGAACGCAAUUUUCGAGAAAUUUCGCUUUUCUCUGUACACUCUCCAUCUAUUUUACUCACUAUAA